AUGUCAAGUUUCUCCAGAUCUGCCCAGCAAUGGGCGACCUUCGCUCGUUCCUGGUUCCUGAUCGAUGCCAGACAGCAGCCCCCCGGGAAGAUCGCAACCAUGUGUUCUGUUAGAUUGCAGGGGAAACACAAGCCCAUCUACCACGCACUAAGUGACUGUGGUGACCAUGUAGUAGUUAUAAACACCAAGCACAUAGCUUUCUCUGGAAACAAAUGGGAGCAGAAGGUCUACUCAUCACACACGGGGUAUCCAGGUGGGUUCAAACAGGUCACAGCUGCUCAGCUGCACCAAAAAGACCCAAAAGCUAUUGUAAAGUUAGCGGUUUACGGCAUGCUGCCGAGGAAUCUCGCACGCCGCACGAUGAUGCAGCGGUUGCACAUCUUUCCCGAUGACGAGCUGCCAGAAGACAUCCGAGCCAACAUAACGGAGGAGCUGCAGCAGCCAAGAGAAAUCCCCAGGAGACUAAGCGAGUACACGCAGGAGGAGAUCGACGCCUUCCCCAGGCUGUGGACACCACCUGAAGACUACAAGAUGAAAUGAAGGCAAGCCUUUCCAACCUGACCAAAACUUUGGAUUAUACAACCAUGACUUGAUCAGAUCUGGCCCAUGAAAGAAUAGAGCAGAUCCUGCUUUUGGUUAAAAAAAUUCCAGAGUUGUAAAAGUAAAAAUGUCUUUUGUGUAAGUUGUAAAAUAGGCUAAUAAACAAUUUAAUAAAC